CCCAGACGAUUUACGUAGUUACAGGAAGUAGAAUACAUUUGUCUGUCUGCAGUCUGGUAGUUGAUGUGUCUUUUUUCUUCUUCUUUCUUCUUAUUUUAGUCUGUCAUUAGAAAAUGGAGAUGAGUUGGUGACUGCAGGUUGAUAUGGGUGCUGCUGCUGUGAGGAGUCAACAAGGCACACAUGUGUUCAUGUUUUCUCCAAUGCCAGGACAACGAGGAACAACAAACAAUCAAUUUACCUCAAACGCUCAUCCAUCAAACUCGCCAAAGGAUAUGGCAUGUGAAGCAUGUAAUGUGAAUUUUAAUAUCUUCAAAAGAAAGAAAAUUUGUCGAGAGUGUGAAAGAUGUUUUUGUUCAAAUUGUGUACAUAGAUUAUCACUUAAAGGACAGAACAAGGAGACAUUUCGUCAGUGUAAGAAAUGUCGUAUUUUACUGACUGGUACCUUUACACGACAGGAACUUAUCAAGUGGAAAGUUAAGGAUUUAAAAUGUUUGCUAAUGAAACGUAAUAUUUCUACCGAUGGUUGUAAAGAAAAACAGGAACUGAUUGAUCUCAUUGUGAUAAAUUUUGGUCACAUGACUAGGAAUGAUGAUGUGGAAGAAAGAAGUGAUACUGAAAGUGUUAUAUCAGUAGAUAACCCAAGUCAGACACCAAGACCACCUCAGUCAUCAUCCGUCCCUACCAACGGUGGAAUACCAGGUCAGGUUCCUCAGAGGACCACUUCACCAAGACAGGAAACAGAUGAAGAUAGGACAUCAAGGUUACGACAGAGACAGCAUGAAGAAUUGAGACAAUCAGAGGAGGUUUUACGUCCAGUAAUCAAUGCUGAUCCUGAUCAUUCAAAAGAGAAAAAAGAUCCUAACCAGACCAAAAGAAUGAAUAUAAGUGAUAUAGAGAAUUUAGAGGCAAUAGACAAUCUUACAGUGAAGGAAAUGAAAGAAUUGUUAUUUAGAAGUUUUGUUGAUUACAAAGGUUGUGUGGAAAAAGAGGAGCUGAAAAAUAAAGUCAUUAGAUUAUGGAAGGAACAUAAAAAUAACGAAGAAAAGGCUAAAAAGAUGGCAGAUGAAGGCAGUGGUGGAACAAGUAAUGGGAAAACCCCUGAAGACGAAGUUUGUAAGAUUUGUAUGGAUGCAAUGGUAGACUGUGUGCUGUUAGAAUGUGGUCACAUGGUGUCCUGUACAGAAUGUGGUAAAAGACUUUCAGAAUGUCCAAUUUGUAGACAGUAUGUUGUAAGAGUUGUCCGUACCUUUAGAAGUUAGGCCAUACCAAAAUAUUUUUAGCUUCUCAUGACAAAAUUGAACAUUUCAGGAAGUUCAUGAAACCAACAAGUCCACCCAGCUUGGUCAUAUGUUUUUUUUUUAAAUUUACAUCCACAUCACAUCAGACAUUAAAUUGUUAACACUUUCAAUCAAUUACAAUAAUGUUUAAUUGACUAAAAUUGUGAUUCAGUAAUGAAAAUGAGAAAGAAGAAUCUUGUAGAUUUUUGUAAAAGUCAAAACAAGUUGAUGCAACAGGCAUUAAGAACAUAUUUCAGGACCAGAGAAGCUAAUAAUUUUUUUUUAUCGCCUUAAAACAAUUUGAUAAAGAUUGUUUUGAAAAAUCAAAAAAAUUAUGACUCAGGAAGUCAAAUUUUAUAUCUUGUUAAUGAAAAGUACAUAAUGUUAUUAAAAAUGUAUUUUUUGUUGAAUUUUAACAGUAUAUAUGUAUAGUUAUCAAGAUUUUGUAGUUUUAAUAUGUUUUACCAAUUAUUUUUUGCAGUAUUUUGAAAAAUUUAAGCAUAAAGAAAUGUCUUUUUUCUGUCACAUUUAGUUUUUUUUGUGUUUUAAACCUUAUCUGAAAAAUGAGAUUUUUAUAAAUUUCACAUUUAUUUUAUUGGAAUAUUAUUGCCAAUUUUUCAUAAGAAAAAUAAUUUUGAAUAUAAAACUGAAGUUAUAAAAGAAGAUAAUCAAUGUUUGAAAAGCAAUCUUAGAAACGUAAAUUUUGCUACUUUGAUUCCAUAGAAGGUUGUCCCUUGCAGAUUCAUAGUUAAAAAUAAUAAAUAUUUAAUUCAAAAUAUCCUUCAUAGUUUAACUAUUUGUUUUUGUAGUCAAAUAAACCAUUAGUAACAUACUUUAUGUAGGUUAGAAAAUAAUUGCAACAUUUCUGUCUGUUAACAAUGAUAAAUUCAGUCUGAUAACAAGUUAACUAAACAUGCAUAACAAUCAAGUAUGCAAUGUUGACAAUAGUUAUUGCAUGAAGAAAAUGUUACAUCCGGAAACAGGACAUUGCUGUAAUUUAAUCUUUCACACACAAAAAAAUCUCCCUCAAGCACUAAACUUGAGUAAUUUAUAUAAUGUUGCUAUGUUUCUGUCAGAGGCAAAAUUGAAAUUUUCACUGGUCCUAAAAUGUUUCCUAUUUUUAUUUGCGGUAUAUUUUGUUCUCCAACAUAUUGUUAAGUUUGUGAUAGACAAAUAUACCUCAUUGUUAAAUUUGCUUAAUAAAGGUAAUUAGUGUAAAUGCUCAGUGGUGUAAAAAGUCAUAAGAAUGGAGAAUUUACAGCAAAUAUACUUGAGUGUGUACAUAUAACAAGGAUGUUAAGUUUGCUUAUUUGCUAGGUUGACCAUAAAUUCAAAAAUAAGGAAAUGAAGGGUAUUAAUUUGUGGUGCAAAAUCUUUACACAUACUUUUGUUUAUUACCUAUUGAAAGAGUAACAAUCUUUAUCAUUAACCAAUCAAAUUGCACAUGGGAUGGGUAACAACAGGAUGACUGAAAACCUGUUUGACCAUUUGGGGAUCAGAUUUACAAUUGGUGAUAAAGAACUUAUGAGGGUCUGGAUGGUGUUUACAGAAUAGAGAAUAUUCAGCCAAUAGUGCAGAAAAAUUAGGAAAGAAUAGAGAAAAAUAUGCCAUAAAAGUAAAGAAUAAAGAAUAAUGGGGUGCUAAAAUAUAAAGAAUGGAGAAUAAUGUGCAAACAAAUAUAAAGAAUAGAGAAUAAUGGACAAAAAUAUAAAGAAUAGAGAAUAAUGGACAAAAAAUAUAAAGAAUAGAGAAUAAUGGACAAAAAAUAUAAAGAAUAGAGAAUAAUGGACAAAAAAUAUAAAGAAUAAAGAAAACUUACCUUAAAAAUUAAAGAAUACAGAAAUGAAGGACCCCCAUCCAAACCCUCACUUAUGGUUCACCUAACAUACAUUCAAAUUUGAUUUAUGAAGUACACACUCAAUAUGUUUAGGGGUAAAAGUAUCUGUGUGCAACAUAACAUGGAAUGUUAAAGAACUUUAAGAUUAAGGUGAUGUUGUUAUUCAUAUGUUGGGAAACAUUGGAUGCAUAAGAUUUUGCUUGUUCAUGUUUGAUAUUAAGACAGUUUUAUUGCAGUGACACAUUUCGUGACUGUUUUGUUGUUGAAAGCCGAUUCAGAAAAUCAUGUUGUGGAAAACUGUAUGUGAGUGUUUAUAAGUUUAAAGAUCCCAAAUUAUCAAUUAAAACACCAAAUUUUUAUAUAAGAAUUUUUUUUAAGUAUGAAAAAAUUGCAAGUAUGUAAGUAAAAAUGGUUACUGUUGUAUACCUUCAAAAAUAUAUGUCUCUUUAGGGUCACUUAAUUUAAAAGUUAGGUAUCUAGGAAAACAAAAUUAAUGUUGGGAAGUGGCUACAAGAACAGAAUACAAAACUACACAAUUGGUACAAUCUGCAAAUAGAAAAAGAUAAAACACCAAAUUGCGAAAAACAAAACAAAAAAAAUUAAAAGAUAAAAAGUGAUGGUGUUUAAUUUGGAUGUAAAAGGUCAGGGAUUGUUGAAUGAUGAUUGGUGGCUGGCUAAGAAGUCAUUUCUGAGAAAUUUUGGUGUUUAACCUUUGAUCUUUUGUUUAUUUUGAAAGUUGGAAAAAAAGGGUUUCAUUUUUCAGAAACAUUUUAUAUAGAUUUUAUAGGGACAUUUUCUGGAAAAAAAAGCAUUUGGCGAAACAGACUGGACUUUCAUUGAAAUUAGAAUACAAAGGUUAGCCUGAAACAGACAUAUAUUUUUUCUUGACUUAGCAAUGAGAAUACAAUCACAGCAUUGUGCCAAAUUUUGUGUGCGUUAUUCUUUUUUUUUUUUUUUAAAUAAACUUAAACAUUUUAUAAUUUUAAAAGUAGUGUAUAUGCCUAGAAUGGUACAUGUAUAUCAAUCUUAUAAUGUCAGCUUUUCAACAAAAUGAGGGCAAAUUUGUCAAAAAUUGAUAGUAUCAUGAAAUAUUAUUUCUUAAUAUAUGCUUAUUUACUUAAUUUUAUAUAUUGCUUUAGUUAAAUAUUUUAAGCUAGUUUAGGAUUUUUUUAAUGUACUUUAUUUAUAGUAAAUCUGAAUGCUGUAAAUACAUUGCUACAGUGUGCACAUGUUUAAAACAGUUUGUAGUCAAUUUUUGCCAUUGUAGAUGUGAAAUAGCUAUUUCUCAUUCAUUACACAGCACAUGUACUGGUAGAUUAUUAUUUUUCACACAGAUUGACUGUGAUAUAUGUAUAAAUUUGUUACUUUUUUGUUUUACUUUAUAUAUUUAUUCAUCAUGUUAAAAUGUACUAACAUCAUAUACAAUAUAUAAAUUAUAACAGACUUACAUAAUAGAAGAUGGCAACAUAAUGCUUAUUAAACAUUAUUGAAAGAAUUAAACAUUAAAUAAAAGUUUACCUUUAAAGCUAUGUAUACAUUUGACAAUCCAAUCAUAUUUUAAGUAAACUAGAAAUGAUUCUAUUAUAUAUCCACUCUCAAAAAGGGAGUCAUAUUGUUGUAGUAGGAUUUCUACCAUUAAUUGUUCUUGUUUCCAUGCAACCUUGUUGAGGCUUGUUUUUUUGUUAUCUUUUGACAUAGACAUAUGCUAUUUGGUAUGGAGGUGUAUUACCACAAAACAUACAUCAAGUUUACGAAUCAUUCUGGUGAAGAAAAGACUCAAAGCCAACAAAUUGUAAAAAGAAAAUUAUCAUUGACUUAUCUACAUUUGACAACUUCUAGUAAAGUUACAGUUAUGUCUCAGAUGCUAAAGACAAAUCUUUAUGGCGAUUUGUUAUUGUUGUUCAAUAAUAGUUUUUAAAUUGUUCUCACUUAUUUACUGAUGGAGUUUAUUAUUAUGUUUUAGAUAGCUGUUAUUGUUAUUAAUGUUAAUUAUGAUAAUUUUAUUGUUGUGCCAUAUGUAUAAGAUGGUCCAGUUGUUGGUCAUUGUGGACCUUGAUUUUUCACUGUGAAAUGGUAUAAAAUGUCUUGAAACACUUGGACUCAUUAUCAAAGGAUCGUGAAAAUGUUGCACUUUGUUAAUGUCAGAGGAACAGAUAGUCUAAAGAUCUCAUGACAAUAUCUUCAGUUUAUUUUGACUUGCCAAACCUCAAUUUCCAUAAUCAUGGUUGUCUUAUUAGCUUCAAGAGCUUCCUGUACCUGUAGAGCCCUUAUUAUGCCAAAAUUUAUCUGUACAAUUAUUUUGAUGGUGUGUGAAGGUUUUACAGUAAUUCUUAAUGCUUGUUUUGACAAUUUUCUAGAUUUAUUAUAAAAAUCAGUACAGUGACUAAUAUAUUUGUUAGUAAUCAUUGCUUUCUAGAAGUUUUGCAUAAAAUGCAAGUUUAAAGGUUAUUUGUUUCAAUUUUUCAGAAACCUUUGAUAGUUACUUAAAAAUAUUUAUACCUUAAACAAAUGAAAACAUUAAAGAAAUAUGUUAAAUUGUGUAGUUAUGUUUUUCAUAUUAUUUAAUGUUUGAAAAUUUUCCACCGCAAAUGACUGUAAAUUAUAUGUCUCCCCUUAACUGUGUUUGUGUCACAUGUACCCCACUGGAAUUACGUUGACUCAGUUAUACAAUCGGUGAUUCCCGGUGAGACGUUUUGAUUUUUAUAUGGGAAAAAAUUUGUCACAUUGUAACACAUUGUUUUGUAUUAAAUGGAAGACAAUACCAGAUUUUGAGAAAGGGUUUCCAUUUUCAGAUUCUCAGGAAAGUGAAUAUGAAUGUGUUCUGAUAGCGUAGAAAAAUGUAUGUGUUGUUAUGUUUCAUGUAGAGUAUUCUGAGUACCUAAAUUUGUGGAUGGAAGAUAAACUUGUAUAGGAUGAACAAAUGCUUGCUAUAUAUUUGCUUUGCUCUAAAUUGUUCUCAUAUUAAAAAUAACACAUUCAAUAUUAAAGUUCAUUAACUAAGUGUAUUUGAUAUGCAUGUCACUAUUACAAAUACAAAAAUACUUUUGCAGCAGGAAUAUGUUAAUACAUGUCUCAGGUUGUAUAGAAUAUAACUGAAGCUCUGGUUACAUAGAUGCCUUACCACAUGAACAUGACAGAUGUGUUACUUAACAUCUUUUUAAUCAUAGAUGUUUAUUUUAACAUAACCCAAGUUCACCUCAUUCAAAAGGAGUGAUAUGUAAACACCUGAUUACUUAUUAUAAAAACAUGUAAACCAGCAUGGUCUGAAACACUUCAAGAGAUGGUAUUUCUGUAUUGCUUGAAUGUUAAUGUUGGCUUUGCUUUUAGGUCGAAGCACCUUUUUUAAAAUCCUUAAAAACAUUUAGAUGUUGAUCUUUACAGUUGAUGCCACCUGAUUUGUUAAUCUUCAUUUAUUACUAUUUCCAUGACAUUUUCAGUCCUAUUCAAAGUAAUUACAAAAAAGAUAAAAUUCUUUGUCCUAUUCCGAAACAGUUUCAAGCAGAUGUAAUUAUUAUCUUACAUUUGCCUUAAUAUCAAUAUUAUUGGUUAAUAUUUACUAUUGUUGAGCAAGAUCAUUGUCGGUUGAUGUUUUUUUUUUUAUGUAUUUUGGCGUUGUAGUCAAUAUUGAGUUUUGUGACAAUGUGAUACACGUACACUACUGAAAUCGUGCUUAUUUAUUUUUUUAAAUGUUUACAAUUGUGCUUGCUAAUACAAAUUAAUUGUUUGCAAUUUUGCUUGCUAAUGCAAAUUAGUUGUUUACCAUAUUGUUCAAUUUCAAGAAAUGUCAGUUGAGAAGCAUUAUUUAUAAAUCUUCAACAUGCACCUCACUUUUAUUAAUAUUGACUAGAAAAGCAAAAUUUGAUUUUAAAAAUAAGAUUCACAUAUUGUGUCCCAUGACAGUGCCCCGCUGAAGUGAUCCAUAGUAAUGUGAUACAUAGGAAUCACUUCUGUCAUCUGUUUCACAUUUUGUAAUCCAAAACUCGAUGAAAAUGGCUUGACAAAAUUCAACCAAACUUGCACAGAAUCUAACAUCUGUUUGUUAAUCUUCAACUUUUUUAAAAGUGCCUGACAGAAGUUAACCAAACUUUCUUCUGUUUUCUACAGGACUCAAUCAUGAAGUAGUGCACCUGCUAUUUUAAUUUUUUGAGUUGAGUGAUUUUUAGUAUCUUCACAUCAUUUUUGAGAUGGAUGGGUACACACACUUUCCUUGGAAGACUCGCACAUUUUUGCUAUAUACUUCUGCUUUUUAAAUUGUUUUCGGGAAAACUACAAAAAAUUCUCUUAUGAGCCUCCAAAGUUGUGAAUUUGCUCAAAAAUAGAGAUUGACAACUUUUAACAUGGACUCCUAUUAAAUCUAUUUACCGAUAUACAUGUUUCUUGACUGGCAUUAAAUCAAUGCAUAUCAGAACUGUUCAACAGUGAACAUAGAUGUUGCAGAGAUUUAUAUUUUAUGUUGCUUAAGACCUUGUAAAUUAAUUAUAUGUUUCUAAGAUACUUCAUUUUAUUUUAAAUGUUGUGUCUGAGAACAAGAUAAUUCAUCUUUAAAAGGUCAAAAAUGUGCAUUAUUUUUCAUAUAUCAUUUUUAUCAUGUGAUAUUUUUGCUAGUCAUUUUGAUUUUGGAUUUUUUUUUAUUGACAAGAUUAGAAUUAUGUUUUCAACACUGAGUUCCCAUUUUUUGAUUGAGAAUAGAACGUAUACAUCACCAUUUAAUUUAUCCACGAGUUUGAUAAUCAUCAACCAAAUGCUUAACUUGGAAAAAAUGCACAAAGUUGAUGGAGUACGUCAUUUUACCAAGAAAAAACAUUGGUAGAUUUCAAUUGUUUUGUAAAAAAUGUAACAAUCCUAUCUAUUUUUUGUAAAGACCACUAUAACAUAUCCAUAUAUUGUUGCAAUUUAUCAAAACUAGUUUGAUUUCACACAUGCUGUUUUUGAAAGUAAUCAAACUUCUCAGAAAAUUAAUAAAAGCUAAAAUUGUACCUGACCAAUUUAAAAUAUUAGAAUAGGUAACAAUUUUACAAAUAUCUCAAGUAACAAGAUAAACUAUUCAAUAAAUGCAACAAAAUAUGGAUGUGCUAUUGUGUCUUCAGAGUCAGAAUUGAUCUGUUGUAUGUCAAUAUCUGACAAGACAACAAUAUUUGUUUCAAGUCUUUGUUGUGAGCCAAGGUUCUGUAUUGAAGGCCGUACUUUGACCUAUAAUGGUUUACUUUUACAAAUUUUGACUUGGAUGGAGAGUGGUCUCAUUGGCACUCAUACCACAUCUUUUUAUAUCUAUUUAAAACAUUUUAGUUACUGAUGCACCAUACUAUACCUAAUUAAGAUAAAGCACUUAAAAUUAAAAAUACUGAAAUUCAAAUUAACAGUCUUUUGAAAGGAUUGACAGUUUAUAGGUAAACAGUAUUAUACAUUUUAUUUAUAUUUUAUAAGCCGACAUACUACAAUCAUUUACAAUGUAUGAACAUACUAUUAUGUGUUUCAGUAUUGUUUUCCUAAUUUUUAUUGUAAUUAUGCUUAGACAUUGACUUAUAUACAUGUCUUUUUCAGGCCGUGAAUAUAUAAAUCAAUUUUUUCUGUACAAUUGCAUUUCCCUUUUAAUGCUUGCUGUUUAAAAACUAUUGUUAAAACUAAGUAAAACAUAAGACCAUCAGUACACUAAAAGACCAUGUGAUUACUAUAAUCAAGAUCAACAGUCUAAUUCAUUUAUUUUUGUGUGUACUAAUUUUCAGAAAUUUUGUGAAUUCGUAAUUUCAACAUUUUCACAUAUAUUGCAUAAAAGCCUACACCCAGAAAAUCCACAAAUAAUAACUCAAAGGAUUAUGAUGCAUUCAAAAGUAAAUUGAUUGCAAGAUAAUGUUAACAUAAACAGAAUUAUUAAGGUUGUAAAUUGCCACAGAACUUGUUCCAUUUUGCAAAGUAUAUCAUGUAAAGCCUUUUUUAAAACAAAGACCUAAAUCUGGAUCUUUUUUAGUUGUCCACAUCACACUGAAAAAUGUGGAUAUAUUAAAGAAUAUCUGAAUAUCUUGCAUCCUGUUCUUUUUAGUGAUCACAUAUGGUCAAUAACUGUACACAUUUGGUGCACUGUAAAUAUUAGGCCAAAGUAUCAUAUAACCCUUGUAGGAAAAGCUUUCGCUUAGUAAUCUUGUAUUACCAGACAGUCAUUUAUUUUGUGUUGCCUAUCAACUUGGAAAACAAAAUUAUUUAAUUUUUUCCAUGUAAAUUGUUGUCCAUUUUUUUAGUUUAUUUGGGAUACUUUUGCUUCAUGUUGUUUGCAGUAUUUUUCAAACAUAACAAAUCUGUGAUGUUGUAAAAUUCCGGUUUAUAAGUUAAAAGAUAGUAUAUUAUACCAUGAUAUUCAGGGAUUUGAUGGUUAAGGGUACAUGCUGUUGGUAGAGAUUUAGGGGGAAAUAAAAAACAGUUGAAAGAAGAAAUUAUUGCAUGCAUUUAUUAUUGCGAUGUCAGGAAAAUCUACAUACAGAUAAUGUAUCAGAUAUCAGAACGUGAGUUCUUAUUAAGACUAUCACCUGAUUAUCGGUGGUCAUCUCAACGAGAUUGAUUUUCUCGCUUGAGCUGGUAUGGCGAAAGUGAGAAAAGCAAUCGAGUUGAGAUGACCAAUGAUAAUCUGUUUAUGGCUAUUUUGCCUAUGACGACGUUGAUGUUUAUAUUGACAACGGCACAUGCGCCCUUAGUUUCUAGCGAUACUUUUUUAUAUUACUCUACUGUGCUGAGAAAGGAAAUUAUCAGUCAGUAAGAUCAAAGGAAAAUUUCGUGAAAUAGCGAUAAUAAAAACAUCAUAAUAAUUUCUGAAUUUACAGUACCUGAUAUCAUUGCAGUGUUAUAGCUGUUGGGAUAAUAAUAUAAAAAAGUUGAAUUGUAUUGUUUUAUUUUACCUUCUUACUCUAUCUCUGCUUUGCUAUUGUAACAAACCAGACAAGUAUAGUGCAAUGAAAGUGUUUAUUCUAGUUCUUUUAAGUAUUUUCCCUUAUGCACAGUUCUUUGACGUAUCAGACUAGGAAAACAAAGUCCUUUAUAUAAUGAAUGUGUAUUAUGGAAUAGUUAAUUGUACAAUAUAGAAUAAGGAAUCUGUAUCGUAAUUCAAGAAGUUGGUACAGUUAUGUUAUUUGUAAACAAUCAUGCAUAACGAUGUAAAUUUUAACUGAUUGAGCUAAUAAAACAUCAUUUGUAAAAAAAAAA